AUGGAUUCCUUUAAAGGUGGGAUGAAUUUGGAAAGACUGCCAGAGAGUUUAAGACCCCAGCCUUCACAUGACAUGGCUUCCAGCUUCCAUUUGCAAAGAUCUUCUGAAUCCAGAGAUCCGAUUGAGAAUUCAGCCAGUGAAUCGUCAGAUACAGAAGUCCCAGAAAAAGACCGGAGCGGCGAGCAGAAGAGCGAAGAUGGAAACCCUGAAGAUCCGGCGAAGAAGAAGAAACAGAGGCGGCAAAGAACUCAUUUCACCAGCCAGCAGCUUCAGGAGCUCGAAGCCACUUUCCAGAGGAACCGCUACCCGGACAUGAGCAUGAGAGAGGAGAUUGCUGUGUGGACCAAUCUCACCGAGCCCAGAGUCAGGGUCUGGUUCAAAAACCGCCGAGCCAAGUGGAGGAAGCGGGAGCGCAACCAGCAGAUGGACCUGUGCAAGAACGGCUACGUGCCCCAGUUCAGCGGCCUCAUGCAGCCCUACGAUGACAUGUACCCAGGCUACCCCUACAACAACUGGGCCACCAAGAGCCUGACUCCGGCGCCCCUCUCCACCAAGAGCUUCACCUUCUUCAACUCCAUGAGCCCCCUGUCCUCGCAGUCCAUGUUCUCCGCCCCCAGCACCAUCUCCUCCAUGAGCAUGCCCUCCAGCAUGGGCCACUCGGCCGUGCCCGGCAUGCCCAACGCCAACAUCAACAACCUCAGCAACAUCAGCGGCUCCUCUCUCAACUCCGCCAUGUCCUCCCCAGCCUGUCCCUACGGGCCGCCCGGCUCGCCCUACAGCGUAUACAGAGACACUUGCAACUCCAGCUUGGCGAGCCUCAGACUGAAAUCCAAGCAGCACUCCACUUUUGGGUACAGCAGCUUGCAGAGCCCAGGCUCUGGUCUAAACGCCUGUCAGUACAACAGCUGA